GAAAACGCGUUUGGAAAUAAGUCCUGAAUUACAGUAUUGUAAGUGCACGCUCGUGUUGUGCUUGAUAAAAAUGUGGCACGCGAUAUGUGCGUGAGUGUACCGAAAAUGUGAACCGACAGUGAAACAUCUCGUGUGUCUUUUUUAAAGCUUUGUUUUGAUUUUUACGGUGAAAGAAGUCGGCCGCUCCGCCAGCGUUAGACCUUGCAAACGCGGUGGGGAAAUUGAAUUUUAGAGCCGUACGGUUCGCCGUGGCACGAACGAUAAUUAUUGUGACGCGCUACCAAAAGAAGUAAACAGCUUAAACCAUAUAAGGACAUUAACUCCAUAACUCGUGCUUUGUGUGAAAAUAAAAAGUGAACGCACGACGCUGCGCCUCUGAGUGUGCCUGUGUGCGCGUGUGUUUGUAUGAGCAAGCGCGCGGUUCAAACUACUGCGAUCAUUCUUUCGAAUUUGCGGAAAACUCAGAGGCUACGAGUGCAUAGAAAUUGAAAUUCCCGAAUAGAAAUUCGGUUUGCUGUGGUAAUUCGCUCGAAGCAUACAACAUUUGAGAACGAGCGUAUCAGACCAGCGAUUGGCUAUUGAACAGCGACCCACAGGACAACAGAAAGCCGGCUGCACAUCGUUCAGAGCGAACCACUACGACAACAAAAUGGAAAUUACAGACGAUCGUGUUUAUGCCGCCGAAAAGAUCAUGAAAAAACGUGUGCGAGCGGGAAAGGCAGAAUAUUGGGUAAAGUGGAAAGGCUGGAGCCAGCGGCACAACACUUGGGAACCGGAAGAAAAUAUUCUCGAUCCGCGGCUCAUCGAUAUCUUCGAGAAGUCCUUACGCGGCAACUCCACGCUCAAGCGUAAGAAGAAAGCCGUGAUCGAAGAUUCGGAUGAUGACGAAGAGCCGGGACCGCCUCCGGUUUUGUCCACUCCGGAACCGGAACCGAAGCCAGAAAAGAAGGAUCCAGUGACUUCGACCAAGAAGGAAAAAGAUGAAAAACACCAUCAUCAUCAUUCGCAUCACCAUCAUCACCACCACCAUCAGAGUGAAGGAGGAGGUGGAAGCGGCAAGAAGGAAAAGGAAAAGAACAGUUCGUCCAGUCCCACGGAUGGCCUGAAGCAAAGGGCUGGCAACAGUUCUAGUAGUAGCAGCAGUCCAAGCAUUCCACCGAAGGAUAAAUCUUUGCCGGUUGAAGGUUCCAGUAUCAACACCAAACAGGAGGCGCAAGCGGCGGUUACUACCGGAAGCCACGGAGCGCUAGGUGGAGCUAUGACUGGGGGUCAGCUUCCCUGUUUGAAAAUUUCGAUCAGUGCAGUGUGUGCGGACGAGCCGAACGAUCAUGACACCAACUCCAAUUCGAGUGACGAUCAACCGCUCAGCCACAAGGAUCUGGCAGGCACUAAGCGAAAGGCCGAGGUACUAUCGAAGGGUGGCAAGGUAGGUGUUACGAUAAAAACUUCCUCUCCCGACGAAACAAGUGGAGGUCACCUGUCGAAGGUCCACCGGCUUGAAGCGACGCCCCUCGCGUGCUCGUCAACCGUCACACCGAUCAGUGCAUCAGCCAAACUCGAUCUAAAGCCCGCUGCACCACUUUCUCCGGACACACCCGCAUCACGCCCGGAAUCGAACAUUCCUCCGGCCGAUGGCGGUAAUCAGCCAGCGCUACCUGCCGCGGCCGUAGUCGGGCUGGCUGCAGAAGCGGGAGAUGAACAACAGCAGCCGCAGCGGGCCGAUGCGCCCAACAAUGAGCUGACCAAUGGAAAUGGAGGUGCCAACAUCAAUAACAACAACAAUCUAGAGAAGCAUGUCACACUGGCGCUAUCGCCCCGUUCGGCACCGCCGAAACUUUGGCUACCGAAAACACAAACGACCAAUCAGGUGUUUAUAACGGAUGUUACCGUUAACUUGGAGACGGUCACCAUACGCGAAUGCAAAACGGAGCGAGGUUUCUUUAAGACUCGCGAAAUGCAACAAGAAGGAGGUAACGACCUACUGCACUAAUGCUGUAUCGGGAGCGAAGUGGCAACAGGAAACAAAACGGAAAAUGGAGUCUGAUGAUCGUGUGUACCUGUGAGGAACUGAAUAGAAGAGAUCCGUUGCAAGUGUUGCUGUCAUGUUGACUGUUAGCUCCCCACUUUACUACCAAAAUACCACUAUCAAGAAGAAUUAGGAUUACCAUCGAAUGUGACGAUCGUAUCUCCCGAAUAAGGACUCGGAAGGGAAGUGACGCCAAAAUCAAACUGUAAAUAGUAGAGGGAAUACUCCGAACAUGUGUCACAGGCUAAACGCAGCAGACGGUAGGUGGGAUUAAAGCCCUAAUUUUCGAAAUUAUUAUCGAAAGAAAGAGAGAACACGAGAAAAAAGAGAGAAUGAUGUGAUGAGAGAGAGAGAGAGACAGAGUCAUGCAACAUGAAAUGUACAUACCGAGAUGGAAACUGCACAAGGGUCUUAUACGACACCAAGUUUUCCGUCGAGACUGCAAGAAAUCGAUACUAGAGGGAGGUUAAACUGAACACGGAAAUCCGACAUCCUGCUAGGAUAAUGAUGUGUGUUUGUGUGCGUGUGUUUGCGAGUAACUUUGGGGAGUGUGUAUGAACAAAGUGGCAUCUAUUGUGUCAUUUAUUGCGCGCCAUCAGUUUUGUGGGUUGGUAAACCUGAUCUUGUGAUGAUCAUCUCCGAUUGGUGCCACAACUCCUAAAUGGUCGGGAGAGAGAUUUUAAGCUUUUUCCAGCAAUACUUCUGUAAUGAGUUUUAAAACAGCGUGUGAAGGACGGUUCGGAAUUACCAAUCACUCAAUUGAUUGAUUGAAAUUCGUAAUAGGAAUUGCUUUUAAACGUAUAAUGCAUUAUUUGCUUACUUUUACCACAGUUGAAUCGAACCAGAGUUUUGACUUUGCACUGUUCUUAAUAUUCUGCUCGAUUUUCAUUCAAUUCGCAUCCACUACUGUUUCCACUGUGUUGAGACAGGAUCAUUGGGUGUAUAGCAUUAGUUAGUAUUAGUUUAUAUUGUCUUUACAUCUCCAUUGCGUACACAAUAACUUCAGUAGCUCGUAAAUACGAGAACACAGAUGAUCAUUAAGUACAACUUUCAAUUGUAACAGCAUUAAAAUGCGUUCAAAGUAAAAAAUGAUGGAGGCAAUGGACUUUUGUUAGUGUCCAAUCAUUCUAGAUCACAUUAUUCUCACGAACGAGCUUCAAAGUGUUUUGUUCUUUUCACUAUCAAUUAAUGUGCUAUAGAAGUAGCAGGAGAAAGUUCAUCAUUCAUGGAUGAAUUCACACGCCAAGAUCGAACUUAGGUACGUUGGUAUUUUAUUUACUCGUAAGCUUUUUGUAAUACUAAAUUCGUUACACAAAAUUUAUUAUAUUUCGACUUUCCGUGCGGGUAACAUGGAAAUGGAGCCCAUGUCUCGAUCAAAAGUAGAUCGUUAAACAGUCCAAUAUUCAUCUUGUAUAAGUAAUUAGUUUUUCCACUGGAGAGCGGAAAACGUUUAUUUAUGAUUCUAUUACUACCAAAAAUUUUAUCGAUUUAAUUUGAGCUUGUAAGGAUUUAUAGGUACCGUCACUGCGGAAAAACAAAGAUCGGGAGUGAAGAAUCUAAGCCGUUUCGAAACACAACUUGUAUUACUGAUGGUUUCCGUCGAUUUAUGUUGUUUAUGUGCACCGCGUUGUAAGGAAAACGAAAACGUGUUUUGAAUGACAGCACGGCAUCAAAAUGGACAGAGCAAUACCGUCAUACUAUGCUUAUUAAUGUACUCGUCGCAAGUUAGUGGAUGUUUUAAGUAGUACUUCGCAAAAGCAAAUACAUUCACAAACCCCUAAACGGACAAAUCGGAAACAAACAAUAAGCAACGUAUUCUGUGCUAUUUAUACACUCUUACGUAAAGUAUCUUUCGUAGUUUGUAGAGUACUUGCAACA